AUGGAUAACUGUAAUCACUUCUUCAGUUUCUACCCACCACGCAUAGCAACUGGUCUGCUAACGCUUUUAGUAAUGCGCGUAAUCUACAUCAUUAAAGCUCUACAAAUCAUCGUGGCUGUCGUGGUGCUAUUCCGUCUCAUAAAUGUUGGCAAAUUCUGUGAAAAUCGUCAAGUUACCUCUCGUAGCGAAUGUCUAGGUACUAUGAAGCUUGCAAUACCACCUUUGAAUACGGACCUGAGUUUACGUGACGCUGAAAAAAGUGUGAAGACCGCUGAGCCAAAUCGACACCCAAGAAUGAGUCCGGUAUUGACAAAGAAGGAUCAGAGUCUAGAAGAAGCACAUGAAGAGAAUCUCAGACGCCGCAAAGGCCAACUGAAUGUGAUGGAGCAGCCCGACCUUGUCAGUACACCGAAACCUGCAGCAGAAUCGAAGUCAGCCUCACACUCUAAACAGCCUGCUCUUAGUCCCCAAGCACUACCAGUAAUGUGGAACAAGGCUGAGUCAUUCCCAGCAGAAAAGUCUCAUGAACAAGCUACCGUACUAAAGACAACUGGGAAAGCCCAAAAGGAGCAUGCACCAGCUAAAAGAGAUCUCAAAGAAGUAAAGGAGGAGACGAAUGUGAAAGAGCACAAGCAGGAGGAGCUUAAGAAGGAAGUAAAGGAGAAAGAGUCUAGUGUAAAGGCGAAGUCUCAAGAAGACACGAAUAAAGUGACCUCGAAGAGCUCAAGCACCAAGACAACUAAGAAAGUCAAGCCUGAGUACGAGAAAAGAGCUCUCAGACUUGAAAAUAAUAUCGUGAAUUGCUUACAGAUCUCGAGCCCCGAUCUUUUCGGUUUUGGCAGCAUUGGUCUAUCGCAGACGAACGCUUAUCGAGUCUGUAUCGUUUGCCUUGUGGUCAGCAUAUUUGGCAUAGCCCUCAGCGUCCUACACCAUUACAUAAAUCUUGCUCCACCUCCAAGAUGCCGGGUACUUAUCGAAAGCAUUUGCCAAAUUGCUUUGUUUGGUGUCUGCUCCUUUGCGCUGUUCUUGAUUCGUCACGAAUGGGAAAAUGAUUGGAGCAACGUGAGCGGAGGAACAUUCGAGCCUGACUAUCCGUCUUCUUGGUUUUGUUCGGAGCUUAUCUGCUAUGUGAUGAUCGUGGCCUUUUUGUUGGAAUCGUUCUUCUAUGACUAUGCUUUUUGCAAAGUCAGAGUUGAAGAAAGCCUUGGCAGCUAUACGAUGGUUGAUAGACCUGAAUACUUCAAUUCAAUCUAUGGCACUACUCUGGAGCCAACUGAAGAUAAUGAGCUCUAA